GAUUAAUUCAAUAACUCAACUAUUUAUGAGGAUUCUUACAGAUAACCUGACUAAGAAAAGUCUACACACAUAUUCCUUCCAACAGAAUAUUUAUUCAUUAUUUUCUUCUGCGUUUAUUUCAUUUAACCCAAAAUUAAAUGUUUUCCACUAAAGUGUUCUUUUAUUUUCUUCUUUUUGAAUGAUGGGAAGGACGGACGAUGAUUUUUAUCUAAAAGCGUUAACGCUUGCCUAUGAGCGCGAAUUACCAGCAGAAUCCACCUUAAAAAUUGCGGAAAUGCUCAAUAACAUGUAUCACACUGAAGAAAAAAUGUGUACAGAUGAAACUUUGGAAGCAUUGUACCGUUUUAAUGUUGAAAUUUCUGAAGAUUUUAAAGAUUGCUUGAAAGAAAACUUUGAUGUGUUUACAAAUAUUAAUGAUACCAUUUUCAAUUUUGCCCCUUAUGUGAGUAUAUACGACAAUUCAAGGUUACAUGAUGAAAAGGAGCCAGAAUCAAAAAUUAAAAGAAGAUUAUACAUGGAUAAUUUCUUUGAAGGAGAUUCCUGCAUCUCCAACAUUCCACUUACCAAUGUAGCAAGAAGGUUUUUGAUAAACUCUAUUAACGAAAUUCCCUUCGAAAGAGUAAAAAUCGCAAAUACUACAUCAGAACGUCCCAAAAAUUCUGAACCCGCACCUGUUUUGGCAAAAUCUAUACCGAAAGAUCCACCUACACUUGAUGAAACUAAGUUGCCUAAUUCCGUGGAUGAUUCUCAUAAAUUGAACGAUGCUCACCCAAAAGUACAAAAUGUUACUUCCACAAGUGAAAAAACUAAUAUCAACACUACUAAUCAUGUUCCUUACGUCAAACCUAAGAGCUUUAACAAACUUGAAGCCAAGGACAAGGUUGAACUGAACGUCGGAUUCAAGUCAGGCCUUGAAUAUCUUAGUAGCCAAAUUAAGGAAGGUAAUACAAAACCUUUGGACGAUAUAGACCUUACCAAAUCUAAUAUCUCAGAUUAUAAAAAUCUUGCCAAAAAUCAGCUAGGAGGUCAAUACCCAAACCAAAAUUCUCAUCCAAAUUACAAUUUGGGCAAUUACAACAGUUAUAAAGCUCGUCAGGGGGUUAACAAUAAGGGCGAUGGGCCUUAUUUGGACCCAAAAUAUUUGUCCCUUGUAACUGGAGAUGUGACUCCUGAAAUGAUUAGCAUGGCCUUGGACAUGAAAGUGUUGGAAUGUCAAAAAAUAACAAAAGAUGAUAUCGUUGGACUGGAUGAUGUUAAAAAGGUGGUCAUUGAUAAAGUAGUUAAUCCAAUUUUAAUGCCUAACCUUCACAUUGGUUUGUUUAAGGCACCCAAAGGUAUUUUAUUAUUUGGCCCUCCUGGUACUGGAAAGACCACCAUCGCAAAAUGGAUUGCAAAUGUUUCUAACGCCACAUUUUUUGAGAUUUCUCCAAGUUCCAUAACUAGCAAAUUUUACGGUGAAUCUGAAUCUAUAAUAAAAACACUAUUUAAGGUUGCUUUGGUGGAGUCACCCUCGUUGAUAUUCAUAGACGAGGUUGAUGCUGUCUUGGGUAAGAGGAAAUCAACAGACGAUGAUUCUAGCGUUAGAAUGAAAAAUCAACUUCUUCAGAUGAUGGAUGGGAUAAAUUCUGGUAGUUUAUCGAUUGACAGGGAGUCAGGAGAAGAGAGGGUUGUUAUAGUCAUUGGAGCAACCAAUAGGCCUCAUAUGAUGGACUCCGCUGCUCUCAGAAGAUUUACUAAGCGAAUAUUGAUCCCUCCACCAGACCAUGAGACCAGAAAGAAGUUUAUUAUCGAUAUAAUAAAUAAACGGUCUAGCAAGAAAUGCUUUCUCACUGAAGAGGACUUGGAAAAGAUUUCUGUUGCAACUGACGGUUGGACUGGCUGUGACCUUUUAACCUUGUGUUACAAGGCUGCCGAGUAUUGUUACGACGACACCAUUGAGCUGUAUGGUGGAAUUGAGAACAUAAAAAGUUUCAAUGAUUUUAGGGGUGUUGAGAUGAAGGACAUCGAAAGAGCUUUGGAGUGCACCCGGCCUUCAACUGAUGAAGGUAUGGAAUUUUUCUUGGAAUGGAGUUCCAAACAUGGAUCUGUUUAAUUUUGUCUGAUUUUUUUAAAAAAAUCGUUUUGUAUUUAUAAAUCUAUUUGUGAUAGUG